CGCAGGGCAGGCAGCAACUCUGGAGGUAAAUAAACAAUACUUGUCCCGCGGAGUUAAGUAAUAUUGAUGAUGACGACAGUGAAAUCAAGACCAAGCUAAAUAUGAAAUCAAUAUUUAGCUUGCUGCAUUGCGAAGGGCUUUAAACGGGCCGGUGCCUGAGCUGCUCUCGGCGCUCCUCUGUGCUGCCUCGCCGCUCAUCUCUUCGAUCGGUUGCUUCGGGCUGCGUGUUUAUGUUUGAAUCGCGCUUGACAGUUGUGGCGGGGGCGGGUCGUUGAGGCUGCAGCGGUGGCUUUCUGGUCCACGCCAUGGCUAGUCUCAUCGUCGGCUUGGUCCGAGCCCUCGACUUGCUCUACUUCUUGCUGGACCUCAACUUCUGGCUAGUGUCCACGGUGGUGGCGGUGGUCUCGGCCCUGGUGCACCUGGUCCUCUCCAUCCCCGCGGCUGCCGCCUAUGUGCUCAGCCUCUGUUCCAACCUGCUUUGCCUACUGGCACUGGAGGCAGCCGAGCUGUGCCGCGGCGGCCUGCAGCUCGCCUUCAACCUGGUGUGCAGUCUGCUGAGGGCGGUAUGUGGCCUGGCCGAGAGUCUGAAGAUGGUGGGGCACCUGAUGUCCUACCUGAGCGUGCGGGGACGUGAGGAGCUGCAGCGGGGCCUCACCACCGCCUUCUGCUCCGGACACCUCUUCCUCAAGCAACUGUGGGAUGCCGUGGGGAUCCUGGCCAGCCUGGUAGCCUACUUGGUCAACACCAUCAUCAACAUGUUCCUCAUUGGGACACAGAACCUUUUGUCGGUAGUCGCAGUGCUGGGCGACCCUUUGGUGAAGGCUGCAGAGGCUCUUGCUUCCAUCCUGGCCUACCUAUCCAGCAGCGUGGUGGGCAACGUGAUCCUGCUCUGGACCCCUUGCCAGUUUGUGAUUGAAGUGCUCAUCUCUGUCUCCAGCGUCCUGGCGGACUUGUUUCUCUUAAAUCUCUACGGCUUGGCAAUCACUUUUAUUGUCAUUUCCAGCGCAAUGAUCUACGCAAACCCAGAGAUCAUGUUGAGGAUUGUUAAUCAAGUGAGUCUUCAUUUAAAUACUGCUCCAAAUCUCAACCGGGUAAGGAGAGAGAUCUUGCAUUUCUGCACACUAGUAGUGACUAAUGCACAGCUAAUAGUAAAUUCGGAGACCUGGCGGCGAGUGUACAGUCAACAGCUGCAGAGACUUAACCCAGACUAUGUGAAUUUCUGGCCACUUGACCAAAUAAGAUGGAUUCAGGUUUUUCCUGAUAGGAACUCAGAGGACCAAACAGCUGUAGUACAACAACCAGUCAAUAUGCUGGAAGAAACAGAAUCAAGCCAUGUUCAAGGAGAGAACAUUGCUGAAGAGCAACAGGUGGUUGUGCCUGAGACUGGUGCUAGUGGUCCAGAAACUGGAGAUCAGCCUUUGCGACCAGAAGGCACCAGGGACAAUAAUGACAAUGUCCCUGCAGAGAAUGACCUCUGGAUGCUCUUGAGGGAGCAAGAAGAACGAAAGAAAUGUGUCAUCUGUCAGGACCAAGCAAAAUCUGUGUUGUUGCUUCCAUGCAGACACCUGUGUCUCUGUCAAGGCUGCACGGGUAUCCUCUUGCAGCAGCCCGCCUAUCAACACAAUUGCCCUCUUUGCCGACAAAUGAUUUUACAAACCGUAGAUGUAUAUUUCUGAUCAACUGUUUGAAAUAGCUUGGACAGGAAAAAGCCAGUGUAGCAGAUUAUUUUUUUAAAAAAUCAUGAUAAAAAUAUUUUGUUGUGGGGGGUCCAAUGAUGGUUUGGCAAUCUGAGAUUCAAGUUUCUAUGCAGAUCCUUAGCCAUUAGUGUCAGAAUGUAGAUUUUUUUUCCAUCCAUGACUAAUCUAAGUACUGCUGUUCAAGAAUGUUACAUUAGUAAUUUACUUCUAUAAGGCAUUGGGAAACCAAACUCACUGCUUCCUUUAAUUAUUUAAAAAAAAAGAAAUAGCCAACUUUUUAAUAGGUUGUUUUUUCUGUCAGAUGUGUAUUUUUUUUAUUAAUGGUGAACUGCACAGGGGAGAGCCCAAUAAUCCUGCAUUUCUGAGCUUCCUAUAGGGUCCACCUAUGUAUAAUUUUCUUAUGUUUUUUCAAAAAAUGUGAAUUAUUUUGAGAUGAUAGACACUUAUUUGUUUGCUGUUGUAAUUAAAACUCCUCAUCAAAGAUGGAAUGGGGUUGCUGCAGAUACAUAUUUGAGGCACUGGGUAUGGAUCUGCAUCAUUUCAGAUCCAUUUUUUUUUGUUCAAACAAUUUUUGUCUUGGAAUGAGAACUUGAGAUGGAAUUGGAGAUCUUGAUGGUGAAACGUAUCAUGCAUUAAAUGAUAAAGACAUUGGUUAAACAAAUAACAAUCUUUCAAGUACCAAACGUUUACCACUGCAGAAUAUGGCUGAAUAAUGCAUGCUUUCUGUUGCACAAGUAUGACUUUUCAAAGUGACGUUCUUCAUCUGCAGUAAUAUAAGUGGCAACAGUCGUGGUUUCUAACAGCACAAGUGUCUAUUCCAGGAUGAAUAGCUAAAGUAAUUUCUUUCUCAUCUGGUGGAUGGGAAGCCAGACAAGAGAUGAUUAAUGCUCUAGCAACUACGUUUGGAGAUCUUUGAUGGCAACUGAUGUUUGAGGUGUUCUUGUUUGUGCUAGGGACCCAAAUUUUGCACGUGGUUCAGAUUGGAAACACUUAGUGUAGACUUACUCUGUCAAGUACCAUGCAUUGGGUUUGCUUUCUGCAGAUUAUGGAAUUUAAAGAGAUGGAUGAAACUUUUUGGGGAUAACAGGUAUUAGUAAGAAGAGAAGACAACAGCACAUUAGUCUUUUUUAAUGUCUUUUUAAUGUGAAUUUGGUGAUAACAAACACUUGGAUUGUCUUAAACACAUUGCAGAAGUAUUGGGCAUUUCAUCUUCGAUAUGCUGUUCCACUCUCCAACCUCUUUUUUUUUAUAUAAUGUAGAUGGAGAUUUUGAACUUUGAAUUCAAACCCUACCCCAAAUUUGAGCACAAAAAGACCCAGCUUGGGGGUUAUCGGGCAAUGUCUGAGGAAAAAAAUUAUGCUUGAGUUAAUCAUCUUUCAUUGGAGCUAAGGGGGGGGGGGAAUGAAUAAGGUGAAUUAAGGGGAAGAAAGAACACAUUUAAAAUCUGAUAGUGGAAGGUGAGACAAAUUAAAUGAUAUAAAGAUGGUGGUCAAUCUUUAAAACUGGCAGAAAGGGUUGAUGGCCACCAAAAAGCCCAGUAAGUUUUAACUCCCCUAUUUCCUUACAACAUCGGAAGACAUUUUAUUUUAGUCCAUUGAGUCUUUGCCAGCCUUCUGAGCAAUCGUACUUCCCUUCCAUAAUUUUCUCUGUAACUUAUUUUCUACACAUUCCCAUCAAGUCCUAUGUUUCUAUCACUCACCUGUGUACUUAGGGUAACAUAUUCUGCAAUUAACCUACCAGCUGUACAUCUUUGGAAGGAAACCACCAUGGCUGGAGGAAUCCCAUGCACUGACAGGGAGAACAUGCAGACUCCACACAGAUGGCAUCAGAGGCCCGGGUUGUUGGAACUGUGAAACAGCAGCAGUACCAGCUAUAUUAUCGUGCUGCUCUUUAUUUCCCUUGGCCUCAAGAGUAGACUCCAGCCUAGAUGUCCUAUUGUUUUUUUUGUACUGAGUGGAGAACAAAUGUGAAGAAAUUUCCCACUACCCCUGCCCCCCACUUUCAAUGAAGUGUAAUGAAAUCACUUCCAGCCAUAGAGUUUUGAGGAUUUUCUCCUAGUCCUUUCUUGUUGAAUUAUUUCUGCCCCUAUUCACAAGCCAAGAUGUGAAUCUGGUCAGGAGUCACAGAAACAUAGAAAAUAGGUGCAGGAGUAGGCCAUUCGGCCCUUCGAGCCUGCACCGCCAUUCAGUAUGAUCAUGGCUGAUCAUCCAACUCAGAACCCUGUACCAGCCUUCCCUCCAUACCCCCGAUCCCUUUAGCAACAAGGGCCAUAUCUAACUCCCUCUUAAAUAUAGCCAAUGAACUGGCCUCAACUGUUUCCUGUGGCAGAGAAUUCCACAGAUUCACCACUCUCUGUGUGAAGAAGUUUUUCCUCAUCUCGGUCCUAAAAGGCUUCCCCUUUAUCCUCAAACUGUGACCUCUUGUUCUGGACUUCCCUAACAUCAGGAACAACCUUCCUGCAUCUAGCCUGUCCAAUCCCUUUAGAAUUUUAGUCCAACAAUGUUAAUUAAUUGAGUAUGACCUGGAGAAGCUCGAAGCAGCACACCCAGCUACUCUCUCUUACUGAGCUGUUCCUACGCCCCGCACCUCCUAUUAAAACAGGCACAAUGGAAUUAAGCCCCUACUCUGUAAUCUGUUCAUGUUUACAAUGAAUUUAGAUCAUUUUGACAAGCAGAAUCUUAAUUAUUGCAGGUUUUGGGUUUCUAUGCUAUUUUCCUGGGACCUUGGAAUGUAGUUGUUAAUAGCAGUAAAGAUUAGCUAAAAUUCUUUAAGGUUCGUGUAACCGACUCGGUAAAUAACUCAGUAUUUUCUGACCCAUGUCUAGGACUUAAAGGCUGUUUUAUUUUUCCCAUGGUUUUCCCAAUAAAGAUGUUGAGGCAGGAAAUAAGUCAUGCUAAUUGGGGGCUUUUGAUAAUGAGGUACAGCAUUGCAAUUAACUUCAAUGGUGAUUAUGGGAACAUAUGGUAACUCUCCCCCUCCCACUUUUGAUAGCAUCCAGUAGUUCUUUCUGAAGGUUGGAUAUUUGUGAACAUUGGGUUAAAAAGUAUUGAAUGGGUCUGGACUUGAAGGUUUUCUUUCCCCCUUUGUGGGCUGAGUGAUUUCUUUUUAAAUUGGGUGGUAUAUCCGUCAAGUGAGCCAUUGGAUAUAGAGUACACUAUAUACUGCAGUUAAUGAUAGCUUGCUGUUUACUUCAGAAAUACAAAAUGAGUUAACAGAAAUGUUCAUUUGGUCAAAGAUCUUCAAAGCAGCAACAGGGGUGCAAGAAGCAUUCUGAUAUUCCUUUAAUUUAGUUGCUGAAUAGGUUGGCUAAAACUUGGUAACCAUCAUGUCAUAAUGCAAUCAGUAGAAAAUCAAUCAGUGCAUGGAAGCUGAAUUUUUUAAUAUAAAUAAUGUUGGUGUUUUUUUUUGUAAAUUUGUGUUUUCUUUAAUGAGUAUUGUUUGUAUGAUCCGUAAAACGGACAGCUGCUAAGAUCAGCUUCACUGGCUGCACUGUGUUUAAUUCAGUGAGCUGAAUAUG